AUGACUGCCAUUGCUCCACCGGAGCAGUACGUCUUACCGGCUACCAAAUACUGUCCUAAUAACAAGAUGCCGGUGCUGAUUUACAGGAACGUGCUUCCCAGACCGCGGACAGAGAAAUCCGCGCAGGAGUGGAUUGAGAAGAACGGCUGGCUCAGAGCUGGCAUUGUGUGGCCAGCCGUUUACAGGCGUCACUUCCACCCCAACGUACAUGAGUGCUACGCCAUCUUAUCUGGGUCGUCUGAAGUGCUCAUGGGAGUUGGAAAGCUCGAUGAGGCGGAAACACCUGAGUCAGAAGCAUCGAGUCAAUUGGGGCUCCUCUUGACGCUCAGAGAAGGCGAUGUCAUCGUUCACCCCGCCGGAACGGGUCAUUCCAACGUCUCCGACGAGGGUCGCUACAGAUACUUGUCCUUCUUUCCCGAGGGUUCGCCAAAGUGGAUGUCCGAGAACGGAGAUAAGCCUCUGAGGGAUAAUGAAGACAUGUGGCAGCUGAUCAAAAACGUCCCCAUGCCCCAAGACCCAGUAACUGGAGGCGAAGGACAUCUGACACAAGCAUGGAGGACUGGUUCGGUUGAAAACGCGGUAGUUUAG